CCGGAAAGCCGUAGCAGAAGGGAAGGGACGUGUGUGAAGCGAAAGGUGGUGCGUUUAUAUUUUUUGUGUUUUGUUUUGGACAAUGGUGUCACAUUGAUCUACUGCCAAAGCCUUGUUAGACCCUAUGACAAACUUUCCUGGUGCCUUUGAAAACGUUUCCAUGACAAACAUGUCCAUCACAUACGAAGACUGGGAUCCCAUCCUUCAAAAAGACUUCAAAGAGGAGACUCCAACUCAGCAAUGUUCCUAUCGGAUCAAGAGGGAUUUAAUGUCUUUGUGCAACGAUCCACCGUAUGGCCUGUUUGUGGUGCCCGACGAAUCCGACAUAACCAUUGUGCAUGCUCUCAUCACUGGUGCUUUUGACACUCCUUACGAGGGAGGAUUCUUCUAUUUUAUUCUACGGUGCCCUCCUGAUUACCCAUUGCGUCCACCCAAAGUGAAGCUCAUGACAACUGGUGGCGGAGAUGUGCGCUUCAACCCAAACCUGUACAAGAGCGGAAAAGUCUGUUUGAGUAUCUUGGGAACAUGGUCUGGACCCUGCUGGAGCCCUGCUCAAAGUAUUUGCAGUGUCCUGAUCUCAAUCCAAAGUAUCCUCAAUGAAAAGCCGUAUCAUAAUGAACCUGGAUUUGAACAGGAGAAGCUACCUGGUGAUGUAGAAAAAUAUAAUGAUAUAAUUCAACAUGAAACAAUCAGAGUUGCUGUAUGUGGUAUGAUUGAAAAUGACAGCAGCCUUACCAUUCCACCAAUGCUAGUCACAAUCAUGCAGAAGACUUUUCUUGAGUAUUAUGAUUUAUAUGAAAGUGUUGCUCAGAAAAACCUUGGGCUAACAGGGCAUCCAAUGCAGGAUCCCUUCUCUGAGAAAAGGGGCAGAUUCCAGUAUGAAAGUAUUUUGGCACGACUUCAGGCCAUUCGUGCAAAACUGCUGGCUUCUCUUAACGCCCCACCCAGUACUGAAACAAGUGAUGCUCCAACUAGUGAAAUUUCAAGCCCAUCAGAUACAGAUUUGGAUGAGGACUCCAGCCAUUCAGGCCUCAAUACUAAUGAAUCUACAAUUGAACCUGCUGUUUCUGACGCUCAUGGAACAAGCAAGCAGAUGGUCGAUGCUGCUGUUGACAAAUCCUCUGAAGAAUGUGGAGGUACUUCUGCUACCUUGAACCAUAGUAGAGACAACUUCGAAAAGCCAAGUAACAUUGAAACUGAAACUGAAAAAACAGAUGAAGCUGAUGGUUAAAUUUUUGAAAAUAAUCCAGAGGGAGGAUUUGUUUUUGUGAUAGAACCUUGCAUUGUUAUUUGCAAGCAGGACAUUUGUCUCAGUUACCUGUUAGGAGAAACAAUUUUAAGUUAACUUCUGUUCUGUAGUUUUAACUGGCUUCUACUAUUCUGUUGACUAAUUUUUCUCUUGUGUUCUCCCUAAGGUUUGUCCUUUUUUUUUCUUUGGGGAGAGUAAUUGAAUUCUUUAGCAAAUAAUAUACCAUUACAAUGAUGGUGCAAAAUUGAGUGUACCUGAUUGUUGGUAAAAUACGUUGUUGGUUUUGAAUGUUACUCUGGCUUGUUAAAGGAGAAUAGUCUUAACCUACCAGUAGAUUAAUAUUCUAAUAAAUGUAAAUAUGGUCUGUGAUAGAAAGAGAGGGCCUUCCAAGGAUAGGGUAUGAUUGAUAAUCAUUCUGAUAAUUUAUGUUAUAAGAAGCAUUCCUUUAAAGUAUUUUACAGUUACCACCUAUUGACCUGUUCCUACAAUCCGAAACAUCAUUUACCCUUUCAUAUCUCAUUCCAUCCUGUCUGCUUUCAUUGGACAAAAUUGUUCAAAAACCAUCAUUAAAUCCUCAAAAUUGUUAAAUUAUCCAUUUUGGCUAUGAUACUUUAGUGUUAAUUGAUGGUGCUGGUGGUACCCAUAGUUCCUAAAGCAGUCACUCAUUUUGAGGAACAUACAUAAGUCAACCAAACACUAUGUUGAAGCUUUCUUAUUUGUACCUUGUAAUUAUUACAAGUUUUUCUCCACUCUAUGUGACCUUGAGCCAAAACAUUCCUUUGCCUCAAUUUGCAAGGUAUUGCCCUUUUCAUCCAAAAUUUUGAGGUGGGAUUGUGUUGUUUAACAUAAUAAUUAUUAGUAUUUCUUCAAAGUUCAACAUUCAGCAUGUUCCCCAUUGUUCACAAUUUGUUGCCUUCUAUGUGCCUUUGUGUUUUUAUUGGCUUGUUAAUGUUGUUAAUAUUACUUAUGCCUCUCAUAACUAUUGUACUCUCUUUCCUUGAGAGAUUUUUCUGAUAUUGUAUUAUUAUUAUUAUUUUUUAUAGUUUGUGUACCAAAUGUAAUAUUUUGUGUUAUGAAUUCAUGACUCAUACAACGAGCCCAAUAUCUAAUUGCUACUGACCUCCUGCACCUUUACAUUUGGUUCUAAAGUGUGUUUAGCUAGGUUCUUACCAGUUCUUACUGAGUCCCUUGUCUUGUGUACACUGUCAUUCUUUAACUCCAAUAAGUCUGAAGCUCUUAUCAUUAUCAGGUAUGGUUUUGCACCAAGCUUUGCAUUGUUCUUUCCAGGUUUGCCACCACUCAUUCUGCUAUUCUCAGGGUGGACUCCUGGAUAGUCUGACUAAAAUUAAAUGCUUAAAUGAAAGCAAUUUCAACAAACACCCUAUUUUCUCCUUUGAUCUCAGAGCACUUGUGCCAAUAAUCUUGUUUGGAAGACUGGCCAUAUCAUUCAAUUAAAAUGUGAUGCGUUCCCUCAGCUCAA